AUGCCAUCCAAAUUCCUCUGCUGCUUCGGCAAGGACCUCACCAAGAACCCUCGGGGCCAAGCAUCACGACCUAUCCAUGUCAACGCCGACACGCUCCCCUCGGAGAAGAAGAGCAAAUUACAGCGCAAAUCCAAUCGCCUUUCUAUCUUCACACCUGCGCUUUAUGACGAUCUUCCUACCGAGGACUCUGUCCGCCUUCUCCAGCUGGAGCCUGGAUCUGGGGACGACAUAAUUACCUGCAACCUCUCGCAUACGCGACUGCACGAGGGUCACCAAACUUACGAAGCUUUAUCGUACGUCUGGGGCGCAAGAUCCGACGCAAAUGAAGUCAUUUGCAACAAGCAAAAGGUCUUCGUCACCGGGAAUCUCCACCAAGCGCUGAAGCGGCUCAGGAAGCCUGAUGUCGCAAGGUGGAUUUGGGUAGAUGCUGUAUGUAUCAACCAAGAAGACCCCGGCGAAAGGGGACACCAAGUUCGCCAAAUGCACGCCAUCUACAAAGGCGCCUCCAGAGUUAUUGUAUGGCUCGGCGACGAUUUCUACGAUGAAGGGCACAAUGCCUUUGCCAUUGUCUGCGCCAUUGCCAACACGAGUCACAUGAAGCCUUGGGUCCAGAGACCUGCCACCUUCCGAUCGAUACGAAAGAACCCUCCUCCUACCGAUACGCAAUAUCCUCCAGAUCUGGGGUCUCAACUAUGGCGAAGCGUGACGUCGUUUUUCCUCAACAACUGGUUCGUGCGGAUGUGGGUCAUUCAAGAAAUUGUUCUGGCAAGAGAGGCUACACUGAUCUGGGGAGAUGUGGAAAUCGAAUGGAAAUGGGUUGGCAUAGCUGUGGAUCACAUUCGGCAGGACACAAAGCUACACGCACUGCUUGAAUCACGCAACAUGCAGAACGCAUACUUUAUGCACUACAUUUGCGGACAACAGUUGGACAAGAACCCCAAUACCCAUCCUUUCCUGCAUUUGCUCGAUUGGGCCCGGUCAUUUGACGUUUCAGAUCCUCGCGACAAGAUCUAUGGCCUAUUAGGUUUCCCUACCAAAUACACCAACCUGGAGAAAGGUGAUGUGUUCCUCGAACCUGACUACACCCAAACGGUUCACGAAAUCUACACUGAAGUCGCAAAGAAGAUCCUCAACCAGGACAACACCCUCGACUUGCUGUCUUUCGUGACACACGAGUACACCAGCAUCAAUGCUGAGGGAAACCUUAAAUUCGAAUAUCCUUCCUGGGUACCGGACUGGUCCCAGAAGAUCGUCGUUUUCCCAUUCAUGGGUUUCGGCUCCGGGAACGGGUUCCACGCCUCCACCUCCAUGGACAUGGAGCAGCUCCCCUGCGAAAACCCAAACUGGCUCAGGUUGAAAGGCGUUGAGGUUGACGUCGUGACAAACGCCCUCCCUUACUUCCCAUUCUGCGACCUUAUUGUCGCCGGGAGCAAGCUCGUCGACUGGGUCAAGUCUGCCGCUUCUAAAGGCGAUACUGCAGAGAUGAUUGCAAACACCUUAACUGCGGGCCGGUGCGAACAUGGAUGGUUGCUUGAGGAUGACGAUAGGCAUAUUGGCGACUUCAUCGCUUUCCUCAAUGAGCAAGACCCAGACUGGGUCAAGGAGAACUGGCCCGAUGACUACCCUCGCCUUCUCGAAAUCGCCUCUGAUCACGGCAACCCAGACCGUGGUAAGGAGGCGCUGUGGCGAUACAGCUGUUACCGGACGCCGUUCCACACCCAAAAAGGCAAGCUUGGUCUUGGUCCGGGAACUCUUCAGAACGAUGAUCUCAUCUGCAUUUUGUUUGGCGCACAGGUGCCUUUCGUUCUUCGUCCCGAGGGCGAUUAUUAUCGCUUCAUCGGAGAGUGCUACGUCGGUGAUAUGAUGCACGAGGAAGCUGUUGAUGCUUGGAAAGAUGGCUCAGAUGGAGUGAUUGAGAGGGUGUUCGAGUUGCGUUGAUUGAACAACUGAGUCCACGUGGAACUCGAAACGAUCUGGACUACACUGUUGUCGUCAUACCCCCAUGCAUUGAAAGUCGUUUUUGAAGCGACCUAGCUUUCAGCAAGCCGAUAUCUAGUCUCCCAGAUGGCCUCCUAGACGGAGACACGGGAGGCAGACGCGGAAUCAGCGCUUACCCUGUCAUACUUUGUCCCUCAUCUGAGAUGUUGAAGCACGCUCGGCAUACUGUCAGGCAGCCGCCACGCGAAGACGUAGGUGCUGAUCACUCGUGGGGAUGACUGUCGGUAAUGGGACGUGGGACAUGAAUUACGUCAAUUUGUUCUCUUUGUAAGAGCUGUGUUCAAGCUUUGCUUCUUGUUAUUCUAUUUUUUUGGGGCAUUUUCAAUAUACCCAUUAUGAGCGGUUCCUUACUUCACUGUUUUAUUCGCAUAUGCUCGUAAACAUAAUGUGCAUCUCGUAGCAAAAGAAAUUGUGAUACGAACUUCUUCGAACACUCGC